ACGUCAAAAGUCAAGCGAUGCAAACCCUAAACGAGCAUUUCGAGUACAACAACAAGCUGGCGGCGGCGCUGCUCCAGUUCCUGCCUCCGAACGAUCGCAAGAUGGUGCAAGUGUGGUGCGACAAGCUGGACAAGAUGGGCGACAGCGUCGAGGAAGCAGCCAUCAGGAGCGACUACAUGUGGUUCCUGCUGGCGAUGCUGCGCUGCGGGAGGGUCUGCGAGCCUUUCAGGAAACUGCCGCCGUCCCGUCUGCCGCCGCUGAAGCAGUUUAUCCCGCCCCACGUCUACGAAACCGUGUUGGUAUCGCACGACGCCGGAUCUGUGAGCGUCGAUAGAAAAUCGUCGUCGCAUCAAUAAACACUCUCCGCGAAAUUCCGUGCGUUUUAU